GACCGCUUGUGCAACCCCGAACUUUUCUUUCACUUCCUUUUCCGCCAUAGCUUAUAAAGGUUUAACACGUUUUCGUGUCUUUGAGACUUAAAAAUGCGUUACGUGGCUGCCUACUGUCUUGCUGCGCUUGCAGGGAACACCAACCCCUCCCAGAAGGACAUUGAAAAGAUUCUUUCGAGUGUUGGAAUUGAAGCAGAUAGUGAGAAAGUCAAGAAAGUUAUUGAUGAACUGAAAGGAAAGAAACUUGAGGAUCUUAUUGCAGCUGGUAAAGAAAAACUUGCUUCAGUGCCAGCAGGUGGUGCUGCAGUUGCCCCAUCAGCAGGAGGGGGAGCUGCUCCAGCUGGAGGAGCUGCACCAGCCGAGGAGGCCAAGAAGGAAGAAAAAGCCGAGUCUGAGGAAUCUGAUGAUGACAUGGGCUUCGGGCUUUUUGACUAGAUGCAAAAACUUUGCAGACUUUCAAAUUAUGUAAAAUACCAUCUCUGAAAGAGCACCAUUUGUCAAUAAUGAUAUGAUAAUAAAAAGAAAGAUAGAAAAAUAUUUUUUGAUCUUC